CAUAAUUUUAUAAUCGUUUAAUAUAUAAGCAUGUGGUUAUUUUAAUAUCUGACAGGUCUUCUAUUGUUGCAAGUUAAAAUACAAUGUUGCCACCGUUGAUGGUGUGUCGCGAAUGAUUAGUGUUGCAAUUAAGUGGAAACUCUUGCCGGCUGUCAAACCUCGUAUUUUGCUUGCAUGAAGCAAUUGACAUUCAAGUGUUCCACUAUUUCUUAAAUAAAAAUGGCUAAGCAUCAUCCAGAUUUGAUAUUUUGUCGUAAACAACCUGGUGUGGCUAUCGGGCGUUUAUGUGAAAAAUGUGAUGGAAAAUGCGUGAUCUGUGAUUCGUACGUACGCCCUUGUACGUUAGUGCGGAUAUGUGAUGAAUGCAAUUAUGGGUCUUACCAAGGUCGAUGUGUAAUAUGCGGCGGACCGGGCGUUUCAGAUGCUUACUAUUGCAAAGAAUGCACAAUACAAGAAAAGGACAGAGACGGCUGCCCGAAAAUUGUCAACUUGGGUUGUUCGAAAACAGAUCUAUUUUAUGAGCGGAAAAAAUACGGAUUUAAACAGAACUAUUAGUUCACCGACUCGGAUGCUGGGAUAACAUUGUUUUCGAUCUUAAUUUAAGUUUUCCACAUUAAAACAGUUUAUAAUUCGCAUUAACAAAUCAAAUAAAUGUAUUUGCGUACACAAUUUCGACUUAAAA